CGGGAUCCUGGAGUGGGACGGCCCUGCCUGGGGGAGCCCCUCCGUCCCGGCCAAGCUCCUGCACGGGUCUGAGAGAGCAAACCCGGGCACCGCAGGAGAAAUGAGUUGCACAAUUGAGAAGGCCCUAGCUGAUGCAAAAGCAUUAGUGGAGCGACUAAGAGAGCAUGACAGUGCAGCGGAAGCUCUCAUUGAACAAACUACAGAUCUCAACAAACGAGUGGAAGCAAUGAAACAGUACCAGGAAGAAAUUCAAGAACUUAAUGAAGUAGCAAGACAUAGGCCUCGCUCUUCCCUGGUCUUAGGUAUCCAGCAGGAAAAUAGACAGAUCAGAGAACUGCAACAAGAAAAUAAAGAACUCCGUACAUCUCUUGAAGAACAUCAGUGUGCCUUGGAGCUAAUAAUGAGCAAAUAUAGAGAGCAGAUGUUCAGAUUGCUCAUGGCCAGCAAAAAAGAUGAUCCAGGUAUAAUAAUGAAGUUAAAGGAGCAGCACUCCAAGGAACUACAAGUGCAUGUGGACCAAAUCACAGAAAUGGCAGCAGUAAUGCGAAAAGCCAUUGAAAUUGAUGAGCAGCAGGGUUGCAAAGAACAAGAACGCAUUUUUCAGCUUGAGGAAAACAAAGGACUGAGAGAAAUACUGCAGAUAACCAGAGAAUCGUUCCUGAAUCUCAAAGAAGAUGCAUCAGAAAGUACAUCUCUGUCAGCACUAGUAACAAACAGUGAUUUGAGUCUGAGAAAAAACUGAAGAUCUUACGAAGAUGGUCUGUCAUAACAAAAAGUAUCAGGCCUCCCUUAUCAAAGCAGCGGUUUCCUAAUGGGCAUUGAGAAAUUAAUAUAUCCUAAAUCCAAUUGAGUUUUACACCACAUAUAAUACAUAAUACUCAGCGAUUGGUGGAGGAAAAUAUCAAGUCAUUCAAAGCACAGUCAUAUAUAGUAAUGGAUCUGCUUCAAGGCAUGCUCACUAUAUUGCUGAUGUUCUUAAUCCAUUGCUAUCCUAAAUUAGAGAGGGUUGUUUUUACAAGAGUUAAGUUGUACAGCAUUACUAGGGUAACACUUGAAACUCUCUUUCAUAUGGACAGGAACUUCAUUUUUAAAUAGAAUUAAUCCCACAAGAACAUUAAAUAACAGCACCUUUUUAAAAAGAUAACUUCAUCUGGGAAGAUGACGGGGCUGGUGAGAAAUUUGCUGGUAUUUGUUGUCAGUGAGUAUUAGUAUUUUUAGCUCUUAGAACUUACAGAACUAACAAAAGAUGUUAAAAAUCAGUUGGUAAGCAAUAACAGUUGAGGGAAAUUUUGCACACUUGAGUAUGCUUCUGAAAUUUAUUCUUUUACAACCAGUAACUGAUGAGAGCUACUGUAGUAAAAUUACAAAAAAUCUGUUUAGGUCCCUAUAAAAUUAACAGAUUCCACAUCAUGUUUUCAGUUAGCAUAAACAGGCAAGACCUUUUUAACUUUCAGUAAAUCAAGAUACUCAUGAACUUGUAUGUAAAUAACUUUAGGGUCAUAUGUGUUUUCUUGUGAGAUACCCUGUGAAUUAAAAAACACUUAUAAAAUG